UGAACUUGGGGUAGGGAACUGAACUUGCAUCAGAGGAAACUUUAGCAGUGUCUCAAGAAUCCUUUCUGGUUCCCUGUACCACAGGUUGUAUGUCUUUAUUUAUCAACAUGUAACAAACUGAAAGGAAAGACUAGUAUUUUGACUUUCAUUUGGAUAGGGUUUAAAGUUCACUGAAGUGGAAACUCAUUCCUGCCUUAUCACAAUCUAUGUGCAGUAUAUUCUUAUGUUACGUCAUCAACACUGGAUUUUCAUUGUCUUUCUUCAGGUUUGUUUGUGAUGAACUUACCCCUGAUAAACUGACUGUCCUCUUUCUUCAUGGUUUCAAUAUAGUCUCUAUAUUUUCUGUACUGAGUUGGUAAAAAAAAAAAAAAAAUCCCAUUAAAAUAACAAUACAUGCCCCUAUUUUACCCCGUUAAAUGCCUUUGUUAAUCUUUAAUCUCACUGGCAGCACUUCCUCAAGUGUGUGAGGGCUGGCUCAUGUCAGGUGGCAGAGAGAAGCUACAUACUGACUGAUAUUUACGUUCAGUGAAUUAGACUUCCUGUAUUGAAAACAUAAGCUAGUAUUUCAAGUAUGAAUGGGAGCGAAAUAUUAAGCCUACCGAUCGAAUACAGGAUCAGCCUGGUGGUUCUCUACAUGUUUGUUUUUAUUGGUGGGAUCAUCGGGGUGAUAAUGAUGAGCACCACUCUUAUGUCCAACAUGCUGUCUAUCACAAGAGUGUCAGUGAUCAACCUGCUGGUGGUGCAUGUGAUCUUCCUCCUCACUGUGCCCUUCCGUGUCCACUACUAUGUCUCCACUACAUGGACACUAGGCUUCACCUUUUGCAAGCUGGUCAGCAACAUGCUUCACGUGCACAUGUACCUCAGCUUCAUCUUCUAUGCCAUCAUCCUGUGCACACGAUACCUGGCUUACUUUGAAUAUAGACACCGACUGGAAUUCUACCGAGAUCUGCAUGCUGUAAUAGCCAGUGUGGCAAUCUGGCUAUUCAUUUUGGCUAUUAUUAUUAUCCCUUCUAACCUCACUUAUGGAUCAGGAAUGACUACAAAUGAUACUCAGUGCUUUACCUUUGGAACUGCUCUUAAAAAUACAAAUGUGAAAGUGCUAAAUUACAUCAUCUGCACUGUGGUGCUGCUGAUCUCAGUGAUCUUGGCCUCAUGUCAGUGUUACAUACUUUGGUGUGUGUUCCGAAAGCAUGGACAUGUCUCAUGGAUUCAUCAAGAGUUCUGGGCUCAGAUCAAGAGCCUGUGCUUUGUGUUGAUCAUGCUCAUUUGCUUUGUGCCAUACCAGGCCUUCAGGAUGUACUACGUAUGCAAAUAUUUCGAAGAACUUGAAAAAGUCAAUGAGGUUUUUCUGGCAGUCACGGCUUUCAGCUGCUUUGACAUGCUUGUGUUCGCUGGCAGCAGUGUGUGGCGACAUGCUUACAAAGUGUGCUGUGUUUCAUGAUGUAUAUAUAUAUAUAUAUAUAUGUGUGUGCCUUUCCUCCCUUCAGUUUGAGUAGAGUUAAAUUUUUGCACAAAUUUUUGCAAAAAUCAGUUGCAUGAGUGCAUUGUUUAUCACAUUGGAGCAACUUAUCUUCCGUUGCUUUAUGAUUUAAAUAAUGUUUACAAAAGUAAAUAUAUGCUUGAUUUUCAAAGAUACACCAAUAUUCUGCAGUCCUAUGGAGUCAGUCACAUUAAGGGUGUUUUGUGCAAAAAUAUACUAUAUGUGGACACAUGACCAUGACACCCAUAUGUGUUUUUGAAAAUCUCAUUCAAGAUUUAGUGCCCCUUUGCUGUUAUAAUAUCCUCCACUCUUCUGGGAAGGCUUUCCACUAGAUUUUGGCUUUGGGGAUUUGUGCUCUUUCACAGCCACAAGGGCAUUAGUGAGGUCAGGCACUGAUGUUGGGUGAGGAGGCCUUGAGUGCAGUCAGUGUUCCAGUUCAUCCCAAAGGUGUUCAGUGGAAUUGAGGUCAGGGCUCUGUUCACGCCACUCAAGUUUUUCCACACCAACCUUGGCAAACCAUGUCUUCAUGGAGCUCGCUUUGAGCCCAGAGGCAUUGUCAUGCUGGAACAUGUUUGGGUCUCUUAGUUCUAGUGAAGGGAAAAUGCAAAGAAAUUCUAUACAAUUGUGUGCUACCAACUUUGUGGCAACAGUUUGGGGAAGAACCACAUAUGGGUAAGAUGGUCACGCGUCUGCAAAUCUUUGGUCAUAUAGAGUAAAUAAAGUAAUCACCUUGGCUUUGUACCCUUGAAAAUAUAGUGUUGGGCCUUUAAUAAUCUAAUAUUGGGCCUUAAAGUAAUCAUCUAGUGUUGGGCCUUUAAUAAUCUAAUAUUGGGCCUUUAAAGUAAUCAUCUAGUGUUGCGCUUUUAAAGUAAUAAUAUAGUGUUGAGCCUUUAAUCAUCUAGUGUUGUGCAGUUAAUGUAAUCAUGUAGUGUUAGGGCUUUAAUCAUCAAGUGUUUGGCUUUUAAUCAUCUAGUGUUGGGCCUUUCAUCAUCUAGUGUUAGGGCUUUAAUCAUCAAGUGUUUGGCUUUUAAUCAUCUAGUGUUGGGCCUUUCAUCAUCUAGUGUUGGGAUUUAAAGUAAUCAUCUUUUUUGGGGGGCCUUUAAUCAUCUAGUGUUGGGCUUUUAAAAUAACCCUCAAGUGUUGGGCCUCUAAUCAUUUAGUCUUGGGCCUUUAAAGUAAUAACAUUUACCCACGGGCCGUAGGAAGUCAUAUUCAUGUUCAUUUAAUGUACAGCCUGAAAAAGAUGUGAAAAAAGUUUGAUACUUGUAGCAUGCCAUCAAAAAUUCGUGACUAUGGGCCAUAGAGUUAAGCACUUUCAAUGAGGAUCUGAUACCAAAACUGACCGUGUUGUUAUUCAGAUAACAGACCUAACAACAGACUUAAGAGCUGUUCAGAAGCUGUGCAAAGGUUAUGCACAUGGGGUGAGUAAAACAACAGAGUUUCAGUUAUGCACAAUUCUGACCUUGAUUUCUUGUGUGAUAUUGGCUUGUGCAAGGAGCAGUAUUUAGUCCAGUGCCACCGUGUGACAGAUGUAACCACAAUAUGUCACACUGAAGGUAAAUUGAAAUGGCUGUAAAUUAAAAUAAAUAAAUAAAUAAAAACACACAUUUAAUAAAAAUAUAUAUAUAUAUAUAUAUAUAUAUAUAUAUAUAUAUAUAUAUAUAUAUACCCACACUCCCUAGAGUAAGUAAGCCAACAACGUAGCAAAUGAGUGCUUGGAUCAAAAUAAAAUGGUUUAAUGUUGUGGCUGUGUUUACUGUUUAUAAAACUAAUUUUCCUGUGUAGAAAUGACAGAUAGUUUUAAAUGUCUCACCUUACUUCCUUUCUCACUGUGUUUGUUUUAAUACACAUUUCCUGUUAUGCCAAUAUUAGAAUAAUAUGCGGUGUCACUCUCCAGGAAAUGCACCUAACCAAGUAUGCAACCUAAGAGAUGAGCAGAUGAGAUGGCAAUAGCAAUGAUUCUAUUGUAAUCAGCCUUAUUUCCACAUCUUUCACCCCCAAGCCUGUUCCUUUAUUAGGCCUAAACUACACUGAUGCCACUCAAUAACAGUUGCUUACUAAUUAACAGUACAGCCAACUGGUGCAUGCACUGAGGAUCCGUUGGGGAUUAAAGCUGUUUUUAUUUACUGAAUAUCAGUGGAUAUCUGACAUUAUUUGCAGCUGUAUGCAAACAAAUAUCUUUUUUUAAGUAUGUAUUUCUAUUUUUUUAUGGUUUUUUUUUUUUUAGUUAAACACUUACUAACUAUACUCGUAUAUAAAGUUUAUCAUCAUUUGUAUAGCAUGUACAGUUUCUAUAAAUUUGCUCCUUACUGAUAUUCAUGUCUCAUGUUUUUCAUCUCACAUUUUCCAUCAGGAGCCACAACAUGGGCAGUACCAUGAACAACAAACCCAUAGUAUUGUGCGAUGAGUGCAAAAUAUAUGAAAAAAUACACAGGACAAAAAAUAUACUGCAUGCUAACUACGCAGGAAUGAGAACAUUACUGGGUGGAUUACAUGAGAAAGAGCUAAACAUAGCUGUGUGGCUGUAUAACCACAGCAUCUUUUUUUCUGUAAACUUUCCUAUCUUGGCUGCAGAUGUGAAUGUAAAGAAAGCACACGUCCUUUGGGACUCAUUUAAUCAUUAUUGCAUUUGGACCACUGUGGAUAAUGAAGGCUAUCUAAUUCUACAUUAGUUGUUGCUGCCUACAUUGGUGUUAAUUCAUUAUAAAGGUUUUCCUUUGGCAUUUGUGCCUUUGUCUUGUUAAGGAAGAAUAAAGCACCGUUUAAAAGAGUCUACGUUUCUUCAUUAGAAACCUGGGCUUGUAGAAAACAAAGGUCCUGUUAUUGUGCAAAUGAAUCCAGAAAGUCACAGUCUCUGAUAGUUCAUAUGUGCUACAAACUGCAUUAACAAGACCAUAUGCAACUAACAUGUAGCCCAAAAUGUAUUAAGAGUA